AUGGUAGCAUUUUGUAUAGCCAAAUAUAAAAAACCAUAUAAUAUCGGAGAAUGUUUAGUAAAACCCAGUUUAUUUAAUUUUACCAGUAAGUUUUUACGGCCUUCUGCUGCUAAACUAAUUUAUUUACCUUUAUCUAAUGACACAAUUUCCAGAAGAAUAAAUUAUCUUUCUGUGCACAUUGAAGAACAAGUUAUAGAUAAAAUAAAACUAUCAGAAUGGUUUACAAUACAACUUGAUGAAUCAACUGAUAUAUAUCCUAAAAAAGCUAUUCUAUUAUGUUACGUCCGUUUUAUUGAUUUUCAUACAUUGUGUGAAGAUUUAUUAUGUUGGUGUGGAUUACCUACGCGCACAACAGGACAGCAUUUAGUUGUGAAAAAAAAUUCACCAGAUUUGAACGAAGGAUUGAUUGAGGUUGUAAAAAUAAUUAAUUUUAUUAAAAGUAUUGCCUUAAAUUCUAGCUUAUUUUCCAUUUUGUGUGAGGAAAUGGGAUCUGAACAUUCUCAUUUACUAAUGCAUGCAGAGGUUCGUCUUGGCAUAUUAUAUUCAGUUCAGUGCAUCGUUGUAAAUGUUGUCAACGAUCAAGCUCCUUGGAAAUGUAUGAAUCCAUUCCAGAUUUCUUUGGAGGGCGGGUCUAUUGCUGAUUUAAGUGGGCUAAGCACCCACAUGCCCCCCGAAUUUUCACCUAUGCUGCUCUUUGACCAUUGA